CCGGAGCUCAGCGGGGCCGGAGACGGAAACGGAGCCGCACCCGUUACAGGUCGUUGAGAUGGAGAGCGGGUCGCCGGUCCCCGCGCUGCCCCCGGACGGCCCCGCGGCCCCGCCCGCUACGCCCUCGGCCUCCUCAGACAGGACGCGGGAUGCCCUCCACGUCUUCUACGCGGUCAUCUUCUCCGCCACCUUCCUCCUGGGCACGGCCGGCAACGGGCUGGUCAUCUGGGUGUCCGGCUUCCGCAUGACCCGAACGGUGAACGGCGUCUGGUACCUCCACCUGGCCGUGGCCGACUUCGCCUUCUGCCUCUUCCUGCCCCUCGCCGCGGCCCAGGCGGCCCUGGGCUUCCACUGGCCCUUCGGCCGGCCGCUCUGCAAAGUCUACAACUCGUUGGGCGGCCUCAACCUCUUCGCCAGCGUCUUCCUGCUGACCCUCAUCUCCGCCGACCGCUGCGUCUGCGUCCUGCGCCCCGUCUGGGCCCAGCGCCGCCGGUCCCCGGGGCGGGCCGCCCUGGCCGGCGUGGGGGCCUGGCUCCUGGCCCUGGCCUUGAGCGUGCCCCAGUUCUUAUUCAGGGACACGGACGGGGAGGGCGAGCACGUCCACUGCUACAACAACUUCGACCCCUGGAACGAGACCCGGGGGGACGAGGAACUGAGGUGGGAACUGGAGAAGACCCGGAUGGUGGCCGUGGCGGUCACCCGCCUGGUCCUGGGCUUCGUCCUGCCGCUGGUCACCAUCGGGGCCUGCUACGCCCUGGUCCUCGUCCAGCUGGCGAGGAAGGGCGAGCUGCGGGGGACCGGCCGGCCGCUGCGGGUGCUCGUGGCCGUGGUGUCGGCUUUCUUCCUCUGCUGGCUUCCCGUCCACGUGGCGUCGGCCCUGCAGCUGGUGGCCUACGUGCGCGGGUCCCAGGCCCUGUUCGCCGCCGUGGGGGUCGUGGGGCCGCUGGGCGUCUGCCUGAUCUGCGUCAACAGCUGCCUCGAUCCCGUGCUCUACGCCUUCCUGGGCCAGGACUUCCGGGAGCAUCUGCUCCGCUCCCUGCCCGCCUCCCUGGAGCGCGCCCUCGCCGAGGAGUCAGACCGGACCCCUCUCACGGGGAGCAGUUCAGGGUCCGGGCCCCCCAAGCUGGAGAUCCACCAUCUGUGA